GAGAGGGAGAGGGGAGGAGUUCCGGUCGUCUACUCUGCGCCGCGACAGAGCUCGUGUUCUCUCCCGCGCCAGUUGUGGGGUUAUAGCGGAGAUUUUUACUGCCUUCGGGUGCCACUCCUGAUAUGGAGAAGAUUGAGGAACAGUUUGCUAAUCUGAACAUUGUUAAACGUUCCUCAGGAACUGAAGAGCCUACUUAUCUGCUUGGCAUAGACACAUCAAAGGCCGUACAAGCAGAAAAAGGAAGCUUGGUUGCUGUUUUAUGUUCUAAUGGAUUAAUCAGAAUAUAUGAUAAAGAAAAGUUAAAUGUACUACGAGAAUUUAGUGGAAAUCCUGGACUUAAUGGAGUCAGGUUUGCAAAUUGUUGUGACAUUGUAUAUUCGUCAUGUACGGAUAGCACUGUAAAAUGUUGGGAUGCUCGAUUAGCCAGUGAAAAGCCUGUCCAGUUGUUCAAGGGUUAUCCUUCCAAUAUUUUUAUCAGUUUUGAUAUCAACUGUAAUGAUCAUGUCAUUUGUGCUGGUACAGAAAAAAUUGAUGAUGAUGCAUUGUUGGUAUUUUGGGAUGCAAGAAUGAAUUCUCAAGAUUUGUCUACUACUAAAGACCCACUUGGUGCAUACUCAGAAACACACAGUGAUGAUAUCACUCAAGUAUGUUUCCAUCCCAGCAAUCCCAACAUGGUAGUCUCAGGUUCAACUGAUGGCCUGGUAAAUGUAUUUGAUAUUAGUGCUGAUAAUGAAGAAGAUGCACUGGUUACAACUUGUAACUCAGUUUCAUCAGUAAGCUAUAUUGGUUGGUCUGGAAAAGAUUAUAAACAGAUAUACUGCAUCACACAUGAUGAAGGAUUUUGUUGGUGGGAUCUUAAUCAUCUGGAUACUGAUGAACCACUUACACGUUUGCACAUCCAGGAUGUUAGAGAAGUAAUUCAUGUGAAAGGAGGUAUUUUGGACUACUUGAUUGGUGGCCUAUAUCAUGAAAAGAUGGACAAAUUGUUUAUUGUUGGAGGAACAAACACUGGAAUUAUUCACUUAAUGAGUUGUACUACAUCAGGAUUGAUGCAUGUGACCAGCCUUAAGGGGGGGCAUGCUGCUACAGUCCGUUCUUUCUGUUGGAAUAUGCAGGAUGAUUCUUUGCUAACAGGAGGAGAAGACGCACAGUUGUUACUUUGGAAACCUGGAGCAAUAGAGAAGACAUUUACAAAGAAAGACAGCAUGAAAAUAUCAUCCUCUGUGUACCAGCGCAUUCGAAAUCAUAGUAAUGAUUCUUACAAGAGAAGGAAAAAGCAGUGAUAUUGCAUUAAAAGUUUACUUCAUAGAUUUUAUAGUUGCAAAUAAUUAUUUUUGUGUCCUACCUAUGAAAGACAUGUAUAAAGCUCAUGGUAAAAACAAGCCAGUUAGCAAAUAGUCCUGGGAAAAUGUUGAAAAUGGUUUAAUUCAGUCUUUAUGUAUUUUUUAAAAGGCACCAGUUGAGUAUAUAAUCAGUGACUUGAAAGUAAAAUUACUUUCUUCAUUUUUAAAACCCAUCUGUUGAGUUAGUAAAGUAAAUGUUGGGUUUAAAAAAAAUAGCUUUGAUAAAGACUUUUUAGAAGUAGAUGGCUAAAAAAACAGGUGGUUUGGCUAUGUUUUUUUUUUUUUUAAGCUCAAUUUUUUUACAUUUUAAAUCAUCUUUAUUAUUUAAAAAAUUGAGACUUUUCUUCACUUGAAAUCCUACAUGCUUAAUAUACAUAGAUAACAUUGGAGUAUUUAAAUAUAAAUAUACUAAUGAGUCUAAAAAGAAUUAAACUCUUUUAGAAAUAGAAGGAUUUGCAUCUAUUUAAUAAAAAUGUUUAGUAAAUAUUUGCAUCUAUACUUUAAUGUUGUAGGUUAAACAGUAAACAGAUAUUUUACUUAUGAAAAAAAUUAUCUUGCAGAAUUCAUUUUGAGACUCAAAGUGACUAUAUAAAAAUAAAAGGAUAAUAGCAGAAUGGCUGUUUUUAUUUCAAAAUACCCUAAUAUUUUGUGAUAAAAUUUUCUUCUAUAGCGUUUCACUCAUAAUUUUGAACCUGAAUUUUUGUUCACUGCUGAUUUUUCAUCCUUUUAAAUAUUUCUCCAAAAAAUUUUAGUCAUGAAGUUAAUUUCUCUAAAGGUUUUCUUUCCCAUGCUUAAUUAAAAAUAAAAAUAUCUUUAUAGAUUAUUUGUAAAAAUAUUUGUAAAUAUUUUAUCUUUUGCAUCAGAAAUAUUGUCAUAAAAACAUAAUUGUUACUUUAGAACCUUUUACAUUUCUCUUUAAUAUACAAAUACUUUUGUAUACACAAAUGCAGCUUACAUUUUGGCUAUGAUCUAGCUUAACUCACUUGAGAUUCAACAAUAGGUAACUCACUAUUGAACAUAUUCAAAAUUUAUCUUUGUUUUUUGAGAAAUGUAAUUAUUUUUGCUGUUUUCCAAACUAUAACCCUGAGGGUAAUUCUAGAUUUUUCCCUUUCUUUCUAACCAGUCUUUUACCAAAUCCUGUGCCAUCCCACCUCCUAAAAUCUGUCAGCUGUCAUUUUGUCUUUACCCUACCACUAGUGCCUGAGAUAAGUCUUUCAUUUCUCUCCUAGAUUACUGACCCUGUCUUCCUGCUACUUCCUAGGCCAAACAUCAAAAACACAGAUUUCAUAAUGCCUCAUGCUGCUUAAAAUGUUUGCUCUUUUGAUGGAGUACUACGUACCAAUGAGAAGCCAUGUUUUCAAGAUAUUUAGGAUUGAGAUAAUGCCAACUAUGUUGUAAGUGAAAAGCUGGUUAAAAAAAUGUUUGGAAAUACUGCCUUUAUAGAACAACAGGGGUAUAAAAAUAGUGCUUUUAAAAAUACUUAAAAUUCUAAAGUAGUUGGAAGAUGCAGAUGAGGAAGUAUCUCUGAAAAUAGAACUCAAAGAGAAAAGAUUAAAACCAUAGAAGACUAACAGUUUUACAAAAUUAAAAAGCUUUUUUUAAAGGGGGAAAAGGAUUAUUAAAAUGAAAUAAUGUAAGAGACUAUUCCAGAAUUUCAGUUUUCAAAUUGAAAGGCCUAACAGAGUGUCAAGUAUAAUAAAUGAGAAAACCCACACCAAGUCCUAGUACUGUGAAGUUUUAGAACUGCAAAAAUAAAGAGAAAAUUUUAAAAGUUUCCUAAGAGAUGGGGAAAAGCAAUCACUUAGGAGCAAAAAUGACAUGUGCAUCAGACACCUCAUUGGCAAAUCUGGAUGACAAAUAAUGGUGAAUCAGUGUCUUAAAAGUUCUGAGGACAAAAACUAUCUGAACUUAUGCUCUGCAAAAGCCUGAAGCAAGUAGAUUAUAAUAAAUUUUGAAGCAUCCUUUGCUAAGUGAACAUUUCCUACUUCCUCUCUGAAACUCAGGAACCAAAUUUGUUUGGACUAAAUUUAUUGCAGGAUAUUCGUGGCUAAUCAAAACUUGCUGUUUGAACUGAGAUUUAGAUUUCAGGAGAUACCUGCUUUUACAAUCGGCAAUUCUGUGGCUGGUUAAGCUGCCCUCAAAGUGUAAAGUAAAAUACGUUUUCAGACCUACAAAAUUUCAAACUUUACUUUUUAUGUAGGUUUUUUAAAAAAGGCAACUGAAGGAUAUACUCCACAAAAAAAUAAGGGCGAAAAUUAAGGAAGACAAGGUCUUGAAAACCUGCCAAUCUAGCAUAAUGGAGGAUAACAGCUUUGUAGCAGGAAUACAGUAUUCAGUCCAGAUUGGAACAAGAGGACAAAAACAUCAGGAUGGAGAUGUUUAGGGACAAAAAUGAACUGACUACCUAGUGCGUUUAAUCAUGUCAAAAUGGUAUAAGUGGAUUAAACUCACCAAUUAAAAGAGACCCUGAUAUUGAAAAUAAAAGUUUUUUAAAACA